GUCGCGACGACGACGAGGGUUGCCGGCCAUGGAAAUCUGCUUGAAGAUCCUCUGCUUGAACGCAGCACUAGAACAUCAUCAGCGUCCUACUUACCUACAUCUAGACUUCCGACCCAAAUAGUAGUAGAAGAAGUUGUAGACUACAAGAAUGAAGCACGGCAUUUACAGCAUCUGCAUGACCAUGAGGAUGGAUAUGAUAAUCAACCCUUGCAACCGCAAAAUGAUACGGGAAAUCGGAGUCUCAUUCAUGAGCUUUUAUCGCGGAGUAUGGAGGAAUUGGAGGCCCG